AUGACAGUCGCUAUAAGACAGUGUCCCACGAAUACGGUGUUAGAAUUGGACUGUGUCAAUGCAAACACGAAUAACGAAUUGUACUCUGGUACAGUGGCCGAUUUCAGUGGCAGUGAUCCGAUUAUCUAUCGUGAACCACUACAAACAGAGCAAUACGAUAGCUUAAGUCUUAAUGCACCGAAUUUUGUGAGUUCCUUCACACAAGGCGACUUCGUGUACUUCUUCUUCCGCGAGACGGCUGUUGAGUACAUCAAUUGUGGCAAAGCUAUUUACUCCCGUGUGGCGAGAGUCUGCAAAUGGGACAAAGGUGGCCCGCAUCGUUUUCGUAAUCGCUGGACUUCAUUUCUCAAAUCCAGAUUGAACUGUUCCAUACCAGGCGAUUAUCCAUUCUACUUCAAUGAAAUACAAUCCGCUAGUAAUCUCGUUGAAGGACAUUACGGGCAUUCUAGCGCCAAAUUGAUUUAUGGCGUUUUUAAUACGCCAACAAAUUCAAUUCCCGGCUCAGCGGUUUGUGCAUUCUCAUUGCAGGAUAUUGCUGACACUUUCGAGGGAAGCUUCAAGGAGCAAAGCAGCAUCACUUCCAAUUGGUUACCGGUCAAUAAUGCUAAGGUACCAGAGCCACGACCGGGCUCAUGUCACAACGAUUCACGUACACUUCCGGAUCCAACGUUAAAUUUCAUCAAAACACACUCGCUAAUGGAUGAGAACGUUCCGGCAUUUUUCGGUCAACCAAUUUUGGUUAGAACGAGCACAAUCUAUCGUUUUACACAAAUCGCAGUUGAUGCGCAAAUAAAAACUCCUGGCGGAAAAACUUAUGACGUCAUUUUUGUUGGAACAGGUAACUUUACACAAAACUAUAUUUUACAAGCAAUUUAA